AGGUUUUAAGGCGUGUGAAGAGUCAGAAUGCUCAGACUGUCAUGUACGCUCGGCGAAGACAAAGUAAAUUAGAGAGUCAGGAGGAGAUAAUUAUACUGACCUCAACAUAACAGCUGUAGACCAACAACUGCAGCAAAAAAAAAAAAAAAAAAAACUAGAAGGAAACAAACUGAGACAAAACUAAAAUAAAAUCAGCUAAAAAGAAAGAAUAAUAAGGCUAAAUUUGAGAGAGAAUCCAGGUUCGCAGUAGCUGAAGUGAAAGUAAAGCUACGUGCGGAGAUUAGAACUCACUGAAUGCGCUGAGAGGCAGUUCUGCAACAGGGAACAGCGGAUGGCGGCGUUUUCGCCCCUGGAAGAAGAGCUCACCUGUCCUGUGUGCCACAGGAUCUACGAGGACCCCCUCCUCCUGCCCUGCAGCCACACCUUGUGCAGACAGUGCCUGCAGCAGUGCUGGAGCCGCCAGAUCCAGAGGUGCCCCGUCUGUCGUCAGCAGAGCAGCGAGCAGCCCCACCGAAACCUGGCCCUGAGGAACCUGUGCGAGGCCUUCAAAGGGGGAGGGGGGCGGAGCACUGCCCCAACCACCGCCGCCGCCGCCGCCGCCAGCGCCCCGUCCACGGAGCCCGGCGAGGCCGUCCGCACGGCCAGGAGGUGGAGGAUCCCCGCCCGGGCCGAGGAGCUUUGCUCGCUGCACCAGGAGAGGCACAAGCUCUUCUGCCUGGAGGACCAGGAGCCCAUCUGCGUCGUCUGCCAGGCGUCAGUGAAACACCAGAAUCACACGCUCCGGCCCGUAAAGGAGGCCGCUCAGACAUUUAGGGGGGAAAUCAGAGCGGAUUUGAAAUCCUUGGAUAAGAACCUUAAAGUCCUAGAGAAAACCAAACAGACCUGCGAGAGGACAGAAAGGAACCUCAAGAGCAAGAGAGAGUUCACAGAGAACCAGAUCCGGGCGGAGUUUGACAAACUCUUCCGGUUUCUGCGGAACGAGGAGGAGUCUAGGAUCAGUGCCCUGAGGAAAGAGGUGAGGGACAAGGCAGAUUUGGCCCAGAGGAUGACGGAGGACCUGAGCGACGACAUAGAGUCCCUAUCAGACGUGAUUAAAGCCAUGGAGGAGGACCUCAGAGCCAAAGACAUCGUGCUGCUGAAGAACUACAAGGACACAAAGAGAAGGGCUCAGUUCAUAGCAAAGAACCCUGGGAAGGUUCCAGAAGAAACGAAUGUGGAUAAACACGUGCUCAAUCUGAAGAGCAAAGUUACGGACAGAAUGACAAGAUAUUUUCAGAACCAACAAGACAGAACAAGAGAGAGAGGCUCCGCCAAUGCGAUCCCAGCCUCUCCCGAUCCCAGGAGGUACAGCUAUUGUGUGCCAGAAGUUACUACGGCUGCACCAACACCAGGUGUGCGCAAUCGAAGAAGUCCAGGCAUCCUUCGCCCAUCUUUCCCCAGACGACCGCUCCAACCCGCCACGUCAGUCCAAAGUUUGCCCGGAUACUAUGACCCCCUCGAUGAAGGUUGUGGUAACUCACCUGGAAUUGCCGUUUAGUUAUUUCCCCGCGUGUUCUUCAUGGACACAGGAAAAAUGGACGAGACUUGAAAAGAAGUGGAUUCCAGCUCCUGCCCACGAGAGGGUGAAAUCUGGAUAUUCAAGUUUACCUGUUUUCAUGAUUCAUUUACUUAAACAGAUAGGCCCUUCCGGCAUGGCCACACCUACAUAGCGCUAGCAUGUCAAACUAAGGUGCUUAUCUCAUGGUAGACUUGUGUUUCAUGAGAGUUUACAUAACUCCUUCAUAAGCUCUAUGGAACUCCUUCAUAACCUCUACAUAGCACAUUUGUGAGCACUACAAGGGCAUUUGUAAAUGCUUUUGUCAGUAACCACAGGUGUAUUGUGCAUCCCUUGGCAUGUUGUGAUGCUGUCACUUGCUGCUAAAGAAAAUAUAGCUCUAAUAAAUGACUGUUAACGGGAACUAACAUACAAUUUGUACCUAAGACUGUAUUCCUGUUUAUUUAGUACUCUCUCAAUCAAUGCUUUAAUUUAAUAAUGACUGUAUUACCAUAUAAUUGCCAAUAAUCACUGUUUUCAGAAGCAGCAAGUUUUUGUAUUUAAUGUUUACAUUUUUAUUGCGUAUUUUAACUUAAAUUGUUUGGGCCUGUAGAAAAUGAAUGGUCAUUAUAUUAA